CAGUAUUUCACCCUGUGCAGAGCGGAGGACAGGACUGUGUGAUGGGGGGAGAGAGGAGACAGACGUGGGCAACUCUCAAGACAGAGAGACAGAAAACAUUUUCCUGCAACCGAGGGGCAUCAUGAUCCAGGGCAAGGAGAGCACCCUCCGGACACAGGUCUCUUGUACCCUUUGGACAUGGCAAUGAAUCUGGAGUCUUCCCUCUUUCUGAUCUUUUACCUGCUGGAUUUCUUACCCGAGCUGUGUCUAUCCAGUGCCCUGUGCCCACACACCACCUUCUACCAUGACUGCUGGAUCAGGCGCUUCCCUGGCCUCUUUCUCAGCUUCUCUGUCUCCGAGCAGCGAGGUGCCCGGGUACUUCAGAGGCACCCAGAACCCUCUGCCCACCUCUGCAGCCGCAAGUGCUGCGACCAAGAGUCCUGUAAUGUCGCUGUCUUCUAUACAGAGUUGAGCGCUGGGACCAUCAACUGCCACCUAGUGCACUGCCCGCACCCCGACAGCUGUCUGGUCCAGCUACAUGAGCACGGAAUUUUGUUCACUGUCACAGCGGGUGUCGAUCCAGACCUGCUGGUGUUUGAAAAACUGGGCCAAGUGGAUUUUAACCUGCGCUCGUCUCUGAAAUGGAAUCCAAUGAACAUAUCACAGACGCAGGACUCCUCCGCUCCCACCUCUCCACAGGUCCAUCCAACGGAGGAACGCCACACAAACCAAGCACCUUCUUUGCCACAUAUUUUCCCCUCUGAUUCGCCUGCUGAGACCUCCCCCCAGGAAUCACCUCCCCCAGUGCCCUCCCCUGCGGAUUCUCCCCUCCGAUCCCUCCCCCCAACUCUCACUCCUCCCCAGACUCCUGACCUUCUUGUGUCUGAGAGCUCUCAGAUCUCCCCAUCGGGGGACAGGUCACACGCCGGAGGGGAAUAUGGCACCAAAGAUUUCCUACCCUCAUCUACACCUCUGGGCCAGCCAAUGCCAGAUCCUGAAAGCCCAGCCCACCUGGACAGCAGCAAGCAACAUGUGAAUGAGACCAAGGGCCACAUUGGGAGGAACCACAGCUCUGAAACAGAAGGGGAGGAAGCCGGAGACCCUUCAGCUAAGCUAUGGGCUCUUCCAGCCCUUAUUGGUUCUACAGUGACUUUAUUAUGCUGUUGCUCAGGAAUACUGGCACUUGGGUGUUGUAGAAGGAGACGCAGAGGGCGGUACAAGCCUGGUAGGGCUUCUAGCUCUGCCAGGGGGACUCUAAUUCGGUGGACUCUACUUAAGGACUGAGCCCGUUGCCAAAAAGAAGAGAUAAUGCUCCAGAUGUCCUACUGCGGGAAGGGUCUGCUUCUGUUACUGUAAAUUAUAACCUGUACAGUACAUAGUAGGUAUUUAAUAUGUUUUUUCCUAUGUGAGGAGGAGCUACCAGCACCGCCGGGGGCCCCCAGAAGAGGAGGAUCAGGGCCACUCUGUGCAAAAUGAACUGCACAGUGGAGGUAAGUAGGACAUGUUU